CCGCGGGACAGCUCUGGGCUGGGUGAGCCCAGCGGGCGCUCCUCGGCGCCCCAGGCCGAGAAUGUUCUCCAGGGCCCAGGUGAGGCGGGUUCUGCAGCGGGUGCCUGGAAAGCAGUGGUUCGGCAUCUACAGGUUCCUGCCCUUCUUUUUUGUCCUGGGAGGAACGAUGGAGUGGAUCAUGAUUAAAGUGCGCGUGGGCCAGGAGACCUUCUAUGAUGUCUACCGUAGAAAAGCCUCAGAAAGACAGCAUCAGCAAAGGCUGGAAGAUGCGUCCGAGGUUGGACUUCAGCAGCCGAUAAAGUGACCGUGAGGAGAGUCGCUACCACUCAGCCCUUGAACCGUUCAGCGUUUUGGUUCUUCCACAGCUGGGCUCUUGGCAGAUACACACUCAUCCCAGAAGCGCCUCUCAGGGACUCCAUAGUGUUGGCCUCUCUGCUCAGAUGCUUCCCAGUUCCCUGUGGGAAAACACUGCCUCCUAUAACACUGGCCCAGUGAAUCUGACCCAUCAAGUAAAUACGUAAGGAAAUCAAGGGAUCAACAUGCUUCUUGGUGUGGUGAUGACUGUAAAGCCCUUUCUUUUGGGGACACACAUGAAAACUGUAUUUACUUUUUACUGCAGAAUUCACAGUAAACCUUGAACAUAUAAAUGCUCUCCACGGCAAAAUCAGGUGAAGAGCAUCAUCAUGGAGAACUGUUUCCACUCCAAGAGCGCAGCCAGGACUACACAUUACUCAUGCUAGUGCUCUCAUCAAUUCAUGGGCUGGACUUCAUGAGGACUGUGGCUACCAAGCUUCCUACCCCGUGGAGGAAAAUGCUGCUCUUUUUGAAAGAAAGUCAACCUACACAAUGUAAAGCAGCUGCAGACUUUAAUUAAGUAAAA